AUGGCAAGCACAAGCAAUUACUUUCUAGACGUGAAAUUUUCAAGCCCUGUUCUUGAGAUUCCUCAAAUUUAUGUCGGAGAUAUGACUGAAAUUUUGUUCCCCAAUUUGAUGGCUUUAGAAAAGUGUCAUUAUCCAUUUCAACCAUAUUUUUGCGACUAUAUUUUUAUAUUGGAUAUUCUAAUCAAGACAAAUAAAGAUGUGGAGGUUCUUGCUCAUGAAAAGAUUAUUAACAACUGGCAUGGUGAUGCCAAUGAGGUUGCUACAUUAUUUGACGGUUUUGGGAAAAAUAUAAUUCAACCCAAUCUCAAUGUUGAAUACCUUAACAUGUCCAAAGGGUUGAAUGAGUUUUAUAAAGAUCCGUGGCACAAGAGAAAGGAAACUUUGAGGAGAGAUUACUGGAACACACCUUGGCAAACCCUGGCUUCUAUUGCUGCAAUCAUACUUCUCAUCCUCACCAUCACUCAAACCAUAUGUUACAUCCUCCAAGUAGUGUAA